ACUGGGACAGAAUCACAAAGGAUCUGCAGGAAAUCAGUUAUUUUUGAACUUGGAGAUGACCUCUCUUCUAGCUAUUGCAGUUCACCUUUUGAUCCUCACUCAGUGGCUAACACAACAGGGGACUGGCCUGACGUGGCUAACCAAUUCAUGUCAGCUAGACAUGGCUAACAAUUCAUUUGAUGAUCAGUACGAGGGCUGUACUGAAGAAAUGGAGAAAAAAGCACCCCAGCUGUUAAAAGAAGAACUGGAAAUGAAUGAAAAUUUAAAAACCGAAUGGACAACGGCAAAGAGAAAAUGGGAGCAAAUAAAGAACAAAAAUUAUCCAAAACAAUUCAAUGAUUUCCAUGGCACAGCUCUAGUGGCCUAUACUGGGAAGAUAGCAGUAGAAUUUAACAAAGCUGUAAGAGAAUUCCAUCAGAAUCCACAAAACUUUCAGUUCAAAGCCUUCCAUUAUUAUUUGACAAGAGCUCUUCAGCUUCUCACUACAGGGAAAUGUUAUACAGUCUACAGAGGUUGUAACAUCAGAUUUUCUCACAGUGGGGGAAAUGUACGUUUUGGACAAUUUGCCUCAUCAUCUAAGUUUAAAUCUGUGGCUUUACAAUUUACAGAGAAUAAGGGGACAUUGUUUACCAUCUAUACCUGCUUGGGUGUUGAUAUUCAAGCAUUUUCUCUGUUUCCAGAGGAAAUAGAAGUGCUAAUUCCAGGCUACGAGGUGUAUCAGGAAGUCACCCCGCAAAACUCAGAUAAACCAUACAAUGAAAUUUCACUUGGAAGUCCCAGAAAAUUUAAGAGUAAUGUCAAUUGCUUCUAUAGUUCCACUAACAAUUCAAGCAAUUUCAACAUCUCAGGAAUGACAGUAAGCCGUGCGUUUCUCCUGCUGCUGCCUGGCCUCCUCGUCCUGCUGUUUCUUCCUGACGAGCUAUAACCUUCCCCUGCCUGGUGCCUGGUUCUGCGUGGGGUAUUGGAAAAGGCGGGACAUGGGUCUACAUUAAUCUGUGGCCUACAUUGGUGUUCGUGACCCGCAACACAUCAAACGGAUCUAGGGGGUCUGCCUGCAAAAGUGCGCUGUCUGUCUUCAAAUUUACUACCUGAUAUAAGUCGCUAGUUUCUU